AUGCUUCAGUCUAGGAAAUCCCUGGGGCCCGAGCCCGACCGAGCGACUCCGAGUUCAGCUCCCCGGUCUCCGCCGUGCCCGGCGACGGGCCUCGCAUCCAUGCAUGGAUCACAUCGACUGGAGUGGCCAGCGCUGGCGCUCCUCCUCUGCCUCACCGCCCUCUGGGGCCGCUCGGCAGCGGCGGGGCGUCCUCCCCCCGGCGACCUGACGGACGAGCAGCGGGCCGCCGUGGAGACGGUGUACCUGGUGUCCUCCUGCCACCUGGACGUCGGCUUCAAGGACAGCGCCGCCAACAUCACCAACCUCUACUUCGACCAAUUCUUCCCCGACGCCGUCCGAACGUCCGCGAGGCUGCGGGCGCUGGGCGGCGAGGAGCGGCUCGUCUUCCUCACCCACUCCUACCUGGUGUCGCUGUACCUGAGCUGCCCGCCGGGCAUGGGCCUGCACUGCCCCAACAUGACCGCCAGGGACGCGUUCCUCCAGGCGGUCGUCAGGGGGGACGUCACAUGGCACGCCUUCCCCUUCAACGCCCAGCUGGAGGUGUACGACGAGUCGCUCGCCGACUUCGGCUUCGCCAUGACGCACGAGCUGGACGACGCGUGGAGCCGGCGGAGGAAGACGACCAUGUCGCAGCGUGACGUGCCUGGCACCACGCGAUCCGCGAUUCGAAUCAUGGCUAGGAAUGGCGUGCAGGCCCUCACGGUGGGCGUGAACAAGGCCAGCAUGCCACCGGCGGUGGGCCCCGCGUUCGUCUGGAGGGACCCGGGCACGGGGGAGGAGGUGCUUGCCAUGUGGCACCCGCACGGGUACGGCAACGUCCUCAAGGACGGCAUCGACAGCGUGGUGGCCGUCCCGGGGCUGCCCGUCGCUCUGGCGUUCGCCAUACGCGGGGACAACUCGGGCCCCCCUAGCAUCGAAAACGUCACCUCCACCUACGCCGUUAUAAAGGACCUGUUCCCCAACGCGAGGAUAGUCGCGUCCGGGUACGACGAAUUUGUGGAGCGCCUGGAGAUGCACAAGUCGCAGCUGCCCGUCUUCACGGGGGAGAUAGGCGACACGUGGAUCCACGGCGCGGCCUCCGACCCGCUCAAGACGGCCGAGUUCCGGGAGGUACAGAGGCAGCGGGCGGCGUGCCUGGGCACGGGCGCCUGCUCCCUGGGCGACCCCCGCGUGCGGAACUUCUCGCGCCUGCUGAUGAAGUACGGGGAGCACACGUGGGGCAAGGACGUCAAGACGUUCUUCAACGACACCGACCACUGGAGCAACGCCGCCUUCGACGGGGGCCGCGGCCUGCCCAACGCCACCCACAUGGUGGCUUCCUGGGUGGAGCAGAGGGACUGGGCGCUGAAGUACGCGCUGGAGGCGCUGCGCGACCACCCCCUCAGGCGGAAGGUCGCGCGGGGACUCCGUGACUUGAGGCCCGGCGGCAGGCCGGCGGUUGAUGGCAAGCGGCAGGGGCGGGCCGUCGUCGAGUGCGGCGCAUUUCGAGUCGCGGUCGACGAAGAGACCAUGUCCGUAGUGAGCCUGGUGGACGCCCGGGGGCCCGUCCCCGUGGAGUACGCUGGGGAGGACCACCCCCUGGGGCGGUUCGUCUACCAGUCGUUCUCCUCGGACGACUUCGCCGCGUUCCUGACCGAGUACUUCUACAUACAGGACGCCUCGUGGGCGUGGCUGGACUUCGACAAGACCGGCCUGGGCGGGGCGUCCGUCCACCAGGAGGCGUACCCGCGCAUGGGGGCCUGGUCCGUCGGCCAGCGGGGCAGCGGCUCCUCUGCCGUUUGCGUGCUCCGCUGCAGCGGGCGAAUGCCAGACUCCCUCGUCCACGACUACGGCGCCCCUGCGGAAGUCGGGCUGGAAAUCAGCGUGCCGAUCGGCUCCCGGCCGGACGAGGAAGUCCGCCUGGGCAUCGCGGUGUCCGUCUUCAACAAGACGACCACGCGGCUGCCCGAGUCGCUGUCCGUCUUCUUCAGGCCCAGCCCGGAGGCCGUGGCGCCCGACUCGAUGGUCGUCUCCAAGCUGGGGGAGCCAGUGAGCGUGCUGGACGUGGUAAAGAACGGCAGCACGCACGUUCACGGCAGCGACGGUGGAGUUAUGUACACUCGGGGCAGGCGGCUGGCCGUUGCGUCACUGGACACGAACCUGGUAACGGUGGGCGGCACCAACGCGUUCCCGACGCCCGUGGGGCCGCCGGACCCCUCUGCGGGCUUUGGGUUCAACAUCUACAACAACAUCUGGUGCACGAACUACAUCAUGUGGUACCCCUACCUGCCCCGGGACGGGAGUCAGAGGUACAGGAUGGUGAUGACGAUACCGCCAGCGACGGAGGGCGCCCAGAGCGAAGUUCGGUGA